GUAAACGCCUCGUGAAAACCGUAGGUGAGAACGUGUGCAUCCACCGAUGACGAACAACACAGAACCUUUCUCAAAUUAGCAAUAUGCUACAGUGUUUUAGACCAAGAACAUGUCGUUAGAGCCUGAUUUCUGGAUUCUGUAGUAAAACCUUUUGUGGAAAAUGGCGGCUUUUAUCGCUCAUCCAUCGGUGAGGAUGAAAGGUACAGAGCACAACUACAACCCGGUCCUCUGCCAGGAUGAGACGUGCUCGGCCAAGGCCAAAGAGAGCCACAUGCACUGCCCGUUCUGCAGCAUCACCGAGGCCUACCAGGACCCAGUCAUCCUGCGGGCACACUACCGGGUCAAGCACGUGGACAAGGGCAUCGAUUUUGCUGGUUUGAAGGUACUGCGGUGCUGCAACCACUGCGAGAUUGUAGGCACCAUCAAAGGGGAGAAGAAAUUCAAAGGAGCUCACUGGCACUGCUACCGCUGCCGAAACGGCUUCAAUCGCCGCGACGAGGCCAUCAAACACUACAAAACCCACUUUCGGAACCCACACACCACCUUCCAGAUCCAGAUCACCCAGGAGGUAAAUAGCCGACAGUAUUACGAGCAAAGUGCGGAGGCGCACCCAAAGGCCUACAGUGGUCUUGCCAUCGGUGCCGGCUCAAACGGGGAUUAUAGCGCCAUCGGGCCUGUGCUGACUCAGACCAUCAUCGCCACGUCAACAAGCACCGACACCCUCCUUACCGAGGGGCCCAAGGACAGCAGUGUGAACAAUGGGAUUGCGGUGGGAGCUGAGGAGACAGUGGGGCUUUCCCAGCAAGCCACAGGCCAGCAGACGCUCGUCCUCAUGGAUCCUGAUGGGGAGACUGGUAACCUGAUAUACGACACAGCAGCCGGUAUUAUUACUGAGCAGGGUGGAGAAAGCCUGGACCAGAGCCUGCUGCUGGAGAAACAGCUGCUCGAGCUGCACCAGCAGAACCAGGUCCUCCGCACAGAGAAGGCCGCCAUGGAGAAGAGGCUCCGGGCCGAGAUCCAGCGCCUUAAAGACCAUAUGGCCAGUUUGGUGCAGGCCAACGUAAAGAUGUUUGAAGAGCUGCAGUUGUACCGUACUUCAGAAAGCAGUGAACAGAAGAUCAAAAAGCUUGUGGAAAGUCUGGAGGCCCAGCACCGCGAGCUGCUACAGACGCAGCUGGGCACCUUGAGGAAAGAGCUCCUGAAUCGAGCCGGCACGCUUCCUGUCAAUGGCCAUGCCGAGGUUCUGCAGCUCAGCCUGCCCCCUGGUGGUGAGGAGGGGGAGGGCGCCAUGAGCAUCUCCUUCCUCAGCGAAGAUCAGACCAGCGGGCCUGACAGCCAGCCUUCUGCCCUCACAGGACUGGAAAUAGUUGAGGUGCAGCUUCAGCCCGACCAGGUGGACCCUGAGCCCAAAAUAGAGAGCCCUGUCCCCGCCACAACUCCAGUCUACUCGGUGGAGGUGCUAGAGGGGGAACAGGACAUGCUAUUGGCCAAGAAACGCUCCCCUGAGGCAGAGCCACAGGAGGAGGAAAAUACCAAACGACAGCGCACCACCUGAGAUGGCAGAACCAUAAUACAGUCAGUCACAUUCUCUCUGUCUGUCUCUCUUUCUUUCUUUGGCCUGUCUAUCCAAGGCAGUGCUGAAGAGAUCUUGCUAGAACAUUUCAGUUCUAGAUCAUGAGGAUGGCAACAGAAGCAGAAAUAUGCUAUGAAAAUGGACCUGAACCACACUGAAGUAUCCCAUAUAUGACUGUUAAGCUACAUGCUAUUCCACUGUACUGCCAUUUAGCAGGGCAAUGCUAACUGGACCCAUUUUAUAUGUGCUAAUAUGGAUGGUUUCCACUGGGUGAACAUUACCUGGACCACAACCAAAACUAUUUAUGUUAUUGUUUUUUUUUUCUUUCUUUUUUAAAAAUUGAUGCUGGCAUUAUGCAGACAGAUUUUUAGUUAUCCCUUUCACCUGAACCUUGAAGCAAAAACAUGAAAUCAACUCAGCUAAGAAUUUUCCUUGAUGUAGAUCCAUUGCAACAAAAUUCAUCCAUUUGAUAGCCAUUGCAAAUUAUCAUAUGCAUUUAAAUUCUUUAAACCAUAAUUGCAAACUAAAUAUUCAGAAUUUUAAAGCUACAUUUUCAGUAAAUUGUGUUAGCUAUGUAACUGCCACUUGUAGUGCUAUUUAGUACAUGUAGGAUUCAGCUCACAUUUAACUGAUGGCAGUGCUAUAUCAUUAAACCAGACAAAGCUCCUGAGCACUGGAGAUUAUUUUAUUUUUUAAACCUGCAGUUACGAUUUCUUCAGAUGUCAUUCCAGACGUGCAGUUGUUGAACUGCAGUUUAAGGUUUUCGUUAAAGGAACAGAACUAACGAGAGUAAAUGUCUGAAUGAAGGAAAAUACAUUUUCUCUGCAAAUUGGAUUGGAAUACUACCAGUGUUUUCCACUGAUUUGUGCUGCUUAAUCUGUGAUGAGGUAUGCUGCUUUGCAUUCAGCUAGAGUGGGUGAAUACUGUAAAAGACCUCGAGUGAGUUAUUUUUUUUUCUGUUUUAAUGAAGUGAUCGAAUGUUCUCAAAGCUAAUCAAAUACAGUUUUAAUUUGGGAAAUUACACCAUUGGUAGUAUCCAGAGGAAGAUAUACACGUUAAUCUUUUAACAGACGCUUUUCGCCAUAGCGCCCGAAGUGCAUUUCGCAUAGUGAACAAACACCGCUAGAAAUAGGCCAAGUUACAAUCGUAUUGUAGCACAGUCAAUGUGUAAUGUGCAUUCUUCAAGAUUUGCAAGGUAAAAGGAUAGAAGGGUACCAGUCAGGAAUUUUACGUUCGAUUUUUAUUUUUAAUAAAGAUACAGUAAGUUGCAACUUUGCAGUUCGGAAUACCUUGUGGACGCGCUUUUCCAUUUUUGUAUCUGAGAAUUUUCGCUAAUAGCUGCUAUAGAUGGCAAAUACCUUAACAACACAUUAAAAUGAAAAUGCAAAUUAAA